CAACAAAGAAAGAACAUCUUCAAUAGCUGUAGCAUUGAGUCCCCAGGCUAACGUUCCUUGGCCCAGCUUGAGUCACAUGCCCGUCCCUAAGCCUAUCACGUAGCUCUGAUUGGCUGGGCUGUGGCGAUGCACUGAGAGUUGGUUGGGCGGACAGUGGUGAAACUUUAACCAGAAGGACAGGUCAUGAAUCCUGAUAAGCAAAAAUGUUGCAUUUCUACCACACUCCCCGGCGGCAGGUGGUGCUUUGAAGAUAUUGGUUCUUGCUCCUGGGCCAGCACUCUGCCCAGAGGGAUUGGGAAGGUAUUUGGGAUGAUUCCUGUCUUACCCUGAGGACUGAAGACUCAAAGAAGGCAGCCAUCUCUGCUCUCAUGUCAGCUGCCCCAUCUGUAGGCACUCUCAAAGCCCCUCGUCUGCUGUGCUGGAGGGUGGAAGCUCCCCAGCCCUUGGCGGAGAAAGAGAAAGCCUCUCAGUGCAACGUUAGUCUGAAGAAGCAGAGGAGCCGCAGCAUCCUCAGCUCCUUCUUCUGCUGCUUCCGUGAUUACAAUGUGGAUGCCCCGCCAGGCAGCAGCCCCGGUGUGCUUCCGCCGCUGGUGGAGGAGAACGGUGGGCUCCAGAAGGGUGACCAGAGGCAGAUCAUUCCCAUACCAAGCCCACCAGCUAAAUACCUCCUUCCAGAGGUAACGGUGCUUGACUAUGGAAAGAAAUGUGUGGUCAUCGAUUUAGAUGAAACAUUGGUGCACAGUUCAUUUAAGCCUAUUAGUAAUGCUGAUUUUAUUGUUCCUGUUGAAAUUGAUGGAACUAUACAUCAGGUGUAUGUGCUGAAGCGGCCACAUGUGGACGAGUUCCUCCAGAGAAUGGGACAGCUGUUCGAAUGUGUGCUCUUUACUGCCAGCCUGGCCAAGUACGCAGACCCUGUGGCCGACCUGCUGGACCGCUGGGGUGUGUUCCGGGCCCGGCUCUUCCGGGAAUCGUGUGUUUUCCAUCGUGGGAACUAUGUGAAAGACCUGAGUCGCCUUGGGCGGGAGCUGAGCAAAGUGAUCAUCGUGGACAAUUCUCCUGCCUCCUACAUCUUCCAUCCUGAGAAUGCAGUGCCUGUGCAGUCCUGGUUCGACGACAUGACGGACACAGAACUGCUGGACCUCAUCCCCUUCUUCGAGGGUCUGAGCCAGGAGGAUGACGUGUACAGCAUGCUGCACAGACUCUGCAGUAGGUAGCCCCGGCCUCCGCCCGCCUCCUGCCUGCGCACCCUGGAACCUCAGCCUCGGGACCCGCCUGGCCUCCGCUCCCCCGGGAGCUGAGAGUGAGGACACGCCGUGCUCCAGGCCACGGGGCGAAUGUGGCCAUACCUACCUGGUUUCUUUUUUAAGAACAGAAACAACUAUUUUAAAAUGAACUCUUUUAAUGAAUUUCAUAAAGGGACAUGCAUUUUACUGGAUUUGCUUUUCUUAAAACAUACCAAAAAGGAAAAAAAUGGGAAAAAAAAAAGCUUGGUAUCUAUCAGACUUCCUUUUACAACUGUCCUCCCCUCCAAGCAGACAGCCUGUCCCCUUCUACCCCAGCUCAGAGGAGCUGACCCAACUCAGAAUCUUUUCCUACAGGAUGAAGUGCCUUUUUGAAUGUUAUUUUAAGCUGAGAGUUAAUUUUUCUAUGCGACAUAUUUCCAGACAUCUUUUAGUCUUUUAUUGUCUUAGAUUCUCUAAGAAGAUGAAUAUGACAAUUUUCUAAAACCUGGGAGGUGGGAGGGGGGCGGGUGGCAGGGGAUGGGGGUGAGUCACAGGAGCCUGUCUCCCAACAGGUGCGCUGUCCUGACCACCUGUGGCAUGCCGCAGGGCCAGGCUCCACGAGGAGAUCCUGUGACUGUAUCAGUGUGUUUCUUCAUUUCUGACCCAGUUUGGAAUGUAUCCACAAUCGUGUGGCUCAACGCUUUAGGCAACGAUAGAUCCUUUUGUAUUCUCCAUAUUAUUUCUGAUGGUGACAGAUUUGUCUUGAGGUCACAUUUUUCCCCUCAAAAAGUGGCAUCAUGUCACUUCUGCUUCCACACGACUGCCAUACUUCUGUAUGUUUUUGGUUUGGUUAUUGUUGUCGUUGGGGGUAGAGCAGUUACAGAAAACUCUAAAACCCUUGGAUAGUUAAAAAAGGAAUUCUGUUCAUUGGUUUAUUUUAAAUCUGUCCUUUUCAAAAGCUGGAUACCCAUGGAGCUGUUCGGGAAUUUUCUUUGCUGCUACCGCGCUGCCACCAAAUGGAAUUGACCAGCGGCUGUUACACUGUUCUUUGCCACUGUGCCUACGCUCAGAAUCUGCUCACUGCUAAGCUGCAGACUUGGACAGGGUCAGAAACCUAGGUGUCCCACCCCAUUGAGGACUGCGGACUGCGUUCCUUCUCUGGUGCCCACCUCACAGGUUCAGAAGGGAACAAAGACCAAAGGGCCGGCGCACCUCAUUGGUGUGGCGUCCUUUUCAAACUGCAGGCAGCCUCAGAGCUUGUGCUAAGCUGAGUGUUCUCUCAGGAGAACCUGUGGCCUCAAGCCGCCACCACGCUGAUGCAGCCCAAGUCCAUUUCUUGGGCUUCUCUUUUGAAGCACAGCCUGUUUCUGAGCUGAGGGUGGGGGAGACGCAUCUGGACGUGGGACCCAUUACCCAGAGCCAGGGAAAGAAAGGGCCCCCUCCCUGAGCUGGGGCUCCUUUUGCAGCCUUUUCCAGUGAGAUCUCUUAAGCAGUGCCAUGAUCCUCGUUAGAUAAUAAGAUGGUCUAUAUAAAGUAUUGCUCUUAAAGGUAAUUAAAAAGAACCCUUUCAUGUUGGCACCGUUGCCUUAGUCCUCUAUGGGUCAGGCUGGAGUUCUGGUGGGAGCCACCAGCACCAUGAAGAUUGGAAAACAGUCGGGGGGGGGGGGGGUGUCAAAGUAAAAUUUCUUUUCUGCUUUCAUUCACAAAAUAGUGAAGCCAGCUGCCAGUCACGUCCUCCCAACAGCACUUUGGUCUGCGGACUGCCGUGCUUUCAGGAGAGAAGUAAGUAUUUAGGGGAAACCAGGUCUCCCCACACUCUGAGCGUUCCAGUCAUCCACACACCAGUUAACACAGAAACAGCCCCUUGCUCAGUGUGACCACAGAAAAUGACAGUUAUAUGGCAGGUCUGCACAUGCCAUACACCUUGAUUCAGAAAACUAGUCAUUAAAUGAACCCUCUGCCUUAAAUGUCUUGAAUGUUGCAGUCAAGUGUCUGUCACAUGUUGACAUCCACACAGAAGUCGGUCCUGAUGAGAGCCUUAGGCCCCUCACCUGUGCUCCCUGCUUUGUUGGCAUCGCAAGGUCUUACUUGGACUAGCGGGCAGCGAGGAAAUUCUAGAAUAUUACAGGGGCAUCAAACCUAGGAAUCGUGCCCACUUCUGAUGGAGUGAAGACACUUGGCAGGCUUGAGCCAGAUCCUUCACCUGGUCGUUCCCGAGGCCGAGAGUGCCAUAGCACUGGGCCGGUGCAGAGCUGGUGGGGGUGGAGCCCAGUUCCUGCCACCACAGACACAGAAUGUCUCGGGAGGGCAGCAGGCCCUCCGGGGAGUUCUGGAUUCUGUGCACCUUAUUCGACCCCACUCCAAAAUUCCGUUCUUAUUUUAACCCUUAAUUCUGCUUUAUGUAUAUAAUCAAAAUAUCUAUAUUGAUAUAUAUAUAUUUUUAAUCAUCUACAUGUAAAUGAAGCAAUAGAAUUCUAACAUAAGGCCAAGAAAUGAGAUGAAUGUUUGGGGUUUAUGUUUUUAAGGUAAAUACGGGUAUUGUUUUUACUUAUUACCUUUUAUGAGAUUGUGGGCUUUAAAACCUAAGGAAACCUAUCUCUGUGCCAUAUACUUCCCCUGUUACCAAAACACCCCCAACUCUUAAGCCAAAUGAAAAAUCUGACCUCCUGAGUUUCCAUGGUCCUUUUGGUACCAGGUUAAAAUAGAGUCUCCUGGACAAUUAUUUUUCACUUUAAUAUCUGGAACAGGAUACUGUGGGUCAUGGACUCUGGCUGGGCCUCGAGUGGAAGCACCCAGGCACAGUGGAGGUUGUUACUGCUCUGUCUUCCAUUGCUCUGGAAUCCCACAUGUUGGUCCAUGGUCUCACCCAUUAGCUGUUUGUAAACAAUGCAUCUGUAUCCUAAAAAGAAACACCACCCGUCGUAGCUGACGGCUGGUGGGGAAGCUCCUCUGACGUGGUGCCAUCUUGCUGAGAUGGUCUUGGAGACAGGAGGAUGCCAUAGUGGCACUGACUUGUCAUGGUUGCAGCGUGUGAACGCGUGGGAUGAAAAGGAAGUCUGUAAGUCCAGAACCUGGCAACAUUCUACAGCCCUGUGCAUUCAGGAUGGCCUUCUCAUGAAACCCAGAACCACACAGCCCUAUGGUCAAACACUAGUGACGUUUGUGCCUCUGCUUUUAAAGGUGCUGUGAUGGACAGCUGGCCCGCCAGGGUUCGAGAAGAAUGGAUGGUUUGAAGUGCUUGCCUUUACCUGUGCACAGUCCACUGGCUGCCUCUGUUCCUAUUUUACUGUAAAUCUAAUGGUGUCUGCUGCUGUUCAUUCUCCAGAGAGCUUCUAACACCCCUGCCCAAGGGGUGGAGAUGCUGGUGUCUGGGUAGUCAUGGAUUUCUGUUGGACAUUUGAAUGUGAUAAACAUCACUGGGGAAAUACUACAUGUGGAAUGUGCACGUUUCCAGGGGCAAGCGUUGUCAGUGAAGAGGUUUGCAAUGAUUUCCUUCCUGCCAAAAAUAAAUACGUGAAACCGC